UAGUGGUUCUGUUUCCUUCCUCGAGCAAAUAAUUUGUCCUAUUUAUGAGACAAUGGCAGCGGAAGCAGAAAGAAACAAUAAUGGAAAAGCUGCACAUUCAGCAUGGCGGAAUUAUGAUGACUUCAAUGAAUAUUUUUGGUCACCUGCUUGCUUUGAGUUGAACUGGCCUAUGAGAAAGGAUUCAUCAUUUUUGUCUAAGCCUAGAAAGCGGAAACGGACUGGUAAAAGCACUUUUGUUGAGCACCGUACAUUUCUCCACCUAUAUCGGAGUUUCCAUCGACUCUGGAUCUUUUUAUUUUUGAUGUUCCAGGCAUUGACAAUUAUAGCCUUCAACCAUGGGCGUAUCAAUUUGGAUACCUUUAAAGAAAUACUUAGCACUGGACCUUCAUUUGCUAUCAUGAACUUCAUAGAAAGCUGCUUAGAUGUCCUGCUUAUGUUCGGGGCUUACACUACAGCGAGAGGCAUGGCUAUUUCAAGGCUUGUUAUUAGGUUUUUCUGGUGGGGCUUGAGUUCAGUGUUCAUUAUAUAUGUCUAUGUGAAGGUUCUGGAGGAAAGACAUCAACAGAACUCAGAUUCAUUCUAUUUUCGGUUAUAUGUACUUGUGUUGGGUGUUUAUGCAGCUUUGCGCUUGGUCCUUGCACUGUUACUGAAAUUUCCAGCUUGCCAUACUUUGUCCGAGAUGUCUGAUCAAUCAUUCUUUCAAUUUUUUAAGUGGAUUUAUCAGGAACGGUAUUUUGUUGGGCGUGGUCUUUUUGAGAAAAUAACUGAUUAUUGCAGGUAUGUCAUGUUUUGGUUGCUAAUCCUCGUUUGCAAAUUUACAUUUGCAUACUUUCUCCAGAUUAGACCUCUUGUCAAACCCACCGAUACUAUCAUAAACCUUCAUAGUGUGGAAUACUCAUGGCAUGAUUUGAUAUCAAAGAAGAAUAAUCAUGCCUUGACCAUUGCUAGCCUAUGGGCACCUGUCGUGGCUAUUUAUCUCAUGGAUAUCCACAUAUUCUACACUGUCUUAUCAGCAAUUGUGGGAGGCAUAAUGGGUGCACGGGCUCGUUUAGGCGAGAUACGCUCACUUGAAAUGGUGCAUAAACGUUUUGAGAGCUUCCCAGAGGCAUUUGCUAAGAAUCUUGUCUCUCCUCAAGCAAAAAGGAUGCCAUUCAAUAGACAUGCAUCUCAGGACUCUCAAGAUACAAACAAAGAGUAUGCAGCCAUGUUUGCUCCUUUCUGGAAUGAUAUAAUCAAAAGCUUGCGUGAAGAAGAUUUUAUAAGCAAUAGGGAGAUGGACUUGCUUUCAAUUCCUAGUAAUACAGGAAGUUUGAGAUUAGUUCAAUGGCCUUUGUUUCUUCUGAGUAGUAAGAUCUUGUUGGCAGUUGAUUUGGCUUUGGACUGUAAAGAUACUCAGGCAGAUUUGUGGAACAGAAUAUGCAGGGAUGAGUACAUGGCAUAUGCAGUUCAGGAGUGCUACUACAGUGUUGAAAAAAUUUUGCACUCUCUGGUUGAUGGUGAAGGGCGACUAUGGGUUGAAAGGAUCUUUCGUGAGAUCAACAAUAGUAUAUUGGAGGAUUCACUACUUGUAACUUUAUCACUUAAGAAGCUUCCUCAAGUGGUGCAGAAAUUUACUGCACUAACUGGACUCCUGAUACGAGAUCAACCUGAACUAGCUAAGGGUGCUGCAAAUGCUUUGUUUCAGCUAUAUGAGGUUGUAACGCAUGAUCUGAUGUCAGCUGAUCUGAGAGAGCAGCUUGAUACGUGGAACAUUGUGGCAAGAGCAAGAAAUGAAGGGCGCCUGUUUUCCACAAUUCAAUGGCCUACAGAUUCAGAAAUUAAAGAGCAGGUGAAGCGGUUGCAUCUUCUUCUUACCGUAAAGGACAAUGCUGCCAAUAUUCCUAAGAAUCUUGAAGCCAGAAGAAGAUUACAGUUCUUCACAAAUUCACUAUUUAUGGAUAUGCCUCAAGCAAAGCCAGUUUCUGAAAUUAUACCUUUUAGCGUCUUCACUCCGUACUACAGUGAGACUGUACUUUAUAGUUACUCUGAGUUGCGAGAUGAAAAUGAGGAUGGAAUAUCAAUUCUUUUCUAUCUUCAGAAAAUUUUUCCAGAUGAAUGGGAGAAUUUUUUGGAAAGGAUUGGUAGAGGAGAGUCUACUGGGGAUGUUGAUUUUCAGAAAAAUUCUGGUGAUACUUUGGAACUUCGUUUUUGGGCAUCCUAUCGAGGGCAGACUCUUGCUCGAACUGUACGUGGUAUGAUGUAUUAUAGAAGGGCUUUAAUGUUGCAGAGCUUUUUGGAAAGGAGAUCAUUAGGAGUGGAUGAUUAUUCUCAGACAGAGUUCUUCACCACCCAAGGUUUUGAACUAUCACGUGAAUCAAGGGCUCAAGCUGACUUGAAAUUCACUUAUGUAGUCUCAUGCCAAAUUUAUGGGCAACAAAAGCAACGGAAGGAUAAAGAGGCUGCUGAUAUUGCUCUUCUGUUGCAGCGGAAUGAGGCACUUCGAGUUGCCUUCAUACAUACAGAGGAGAGUGGUGCUGCUGAUGGAAAGGCUUCUAAGGAAUUUUAUUCCAAGCUUGUUAAAGCUGAUAUACAUGGAAAAGAUCAGGAAAUAUAUUCGAUAAAACUUCCUGGAGAUCCGAAGCUUGGAGAAGGGAAGCCUGAAAACCAAAACCAUGCUAUAAUUUUUACUCGUGGGGAAGCCAUUCAAACUAUUGACAUGAACCAGGAUAACUAUCUUGAAGAGGCACUGAAGAUGAGAAAUCUUCUUGAGGAAUUUCAAGCAAAACAUGGCAUUCGACCUCCCACUAUUCUUGGUGUAAGGGAACAUGUUUUUACUGGAAGUGUUUCAUCUUUAGCUUGGUUUAUGUCCAAUCAAGAGACUAGUUUUGUGACAUUGGCACAGCGCGUGUUAGCAAACCCUCUCAAAGUUCGCAUGCACUAUGGCCAUCCAGAUGUUUUUGAUCGAAUAUUUCACAUAACUCGAGGUGGCAUUAGCAAGGCAUCACGUGUAAUUAAUAUUAGUGAAGAUAUAUUUGCAGGGUUUAACUCCACAUUAAGGCAAGGGAAUGUUACUCACCAUGAAUACAUUCAGGUUGGAAAGGGAAGAGAUGUUGGGUUGAACCAGAUUGCUCUUUUUGAAGGGAAAGUGGCUGGAGGAAAUGGAGAGCAAGUCCUUAGCAGGGAUGUGUAUAGGCUCGGACAACUUUUUGAUUUCUUCAGAAUGCUUUCUUUUUAUUUCACAACUGUUGGGUACUAUCUUUGCACAAUGAUGACAGUCCUUACAGUGUACAUAUUCUUGUAUGGAAGGGUCUACCUGGCUUUCUCAGGGCUUGAUAGUGCAAUUGCAACUGAAGCGAAGCUAUUAGGUAACACAGCUUUAGAUGCUGUUUUGAAUGCACAAUUCUUGGUCCAGAUUGGGGUUUUUACUGCAGUCCCCAUGAUAAUGGGCUUUAUACUGGAAUUAGGAUUGCUGAAGGCUGUGUUUAGCUUUGUUACAAUGCAACUUCAGUUGUGUUCAGUCUUCUUCACAUUCUCUUUGGGCACUAAAACUCAUUAUUUCGGACGUACAAUCCUCCAUGGAGGUGCAAAAUACAGAGCAACUGGUAGAGGCUUUGUGGUCCGUCACAUCAAAUUUGCUGAAAAUUAUAGGCUUUACUCAAGAAGUCAUUUUGUUAAAGCGUAUGUGAUCCUUGAUGAUUGGACCAGCUGGCUUCUGUACAGAGGUGGGGUAGGGGUAAAAGGAGAUGAUAGCUGGGAAUCAUGGUGGAAUGAAGAACAGAUGCAUAUCCAAACUUUGAGAGGCCGCAUAUUGGAAACAAUAUUAAGCUUACGGUUCUUCAUGUUUCAAUAUGGCAUUGUAUACAAGCUCCAUCUCACAGGAAAGGACACAUCUCUUGCGAUCUAUGGCUUCUCCUGGGUUGUAUUGAUUGGCAUAGUCAUGAUAUUUAAGAUUUUUACCUUUAGCCCCAAAAAAUCAGACAACUUCCUUGAGAAAUAUGUCAACUUUAAGCUAUUCAUGCGAUUCAUGCAAGGAGUCACAGCACUAGGACUUAUUGCUGCCGUUUGCCUUGUUGUUGCCUUCACCAAUCUGUCGAUUGCAGACCUUUUUGCUAGCAUACUGGCGUUUAUUCCUACUGGAUGGGCCAUGUUAUGUUUGGCUAUCACUUGGAAAAAGGUGGUAUGGAGUCUAGGGCUGUGGGACUCGGUGCGGGAGUUUGCCAGAAUGUACGAUGCUGGGAUGGGUGUCAUCAUUUUUGCUCCUAUUGCUUUCUUAUCAUGGUUUCCAUUCAUUUCUACCUUCCAGUCUCGCCUUCUCUUCAACCAAGCGUUUAGUCGUGGGCUGGAGAUCUCUCUUAUCCUUGCUGGAAACAAAGCCAACGUUGAUGCCUGAUUUUUUACCUUCCUAUUUGUUGUGGAUUCUAGAUGAAACAGCUCUUGCUGCUUUUUUUUCUAUUAUUAUUAAGUAGGAUUCUGUAUGGCUGUGCAUAUGUAAGAAAUGGAAAUGUACAAGUAAACUAGAAAAGUUUCUUUUUUUCCCCCAAUUUGGUUGAAGAUAAAUAUUGAGUCUAGCAAAA